GCCGAAUCCAGAUGGUAUCAACGGGACAGCUGGUGGUGAGGCGCGUGCGAAAUUCCGACUCCCAGCUGGCUUUCCGAUGUCGCGCAGUCCAUACACUUACGGGAACUACGCACGAAUCGGCCAACGCGGCACGGAUCUACGUCACAGCCCCGAGGAGUGAGUCCUCCCCAAGAGUUCCUGAAGUGGAGUCUCCUGUGAGAGUCCAGAGAGGAACUACAGCUACUCUUCUGUGUCCGGCUCAGGCCUAUCCCACGCCUACUAUUACAUGGUACCGUCAGGAGAACGGCGUGGACCUCCCCUUGAGCACCCUGAACGGCAUGAUGGGGGGCGGGAGUCGAAGGGCGGGGUCGAGGGUGAAGUCCACAGGGGCGGUGUUCACUAUCCUGACGGCGGAGGACGCGGACACCGGGACCUACAGCUGCUACGCUAACAACACCGAGGGCGUGGCUGUGUUGCAGGUGGAGCUGAAGGUGGUCUCGGCGCUGUCCGUCCGCGUGACGCCCCCCGUCGCUUGUGGUGGACGCCGGGGCUGCCGCGCAUCUCACCUGCGUCAUCUCAGUUAUGUUAAGUUGGGUCAUCUCACCUGCGUCACCUCAGGAAUUUUAGAAAUAUAA